AUGCAUUACAAAUAACAUAUAAAUAAUUUGAAAUAAAUCCCUGAUCUACUUAGUUUUUUAUCAGAAAAAUCAAAGCAAUGCAAUAAAUUUAUUAAUCAACUGAAUAUUCUAAAUGAAAAAAUUAAUGAGAUAUUUGACUAUUUAAAUCAGAUGAUGGGAAUAGAUUUCUCAAUCACAGGUGAAACAUUAAAACAGAUAAACUCCCAAUCUAUGAAUAAUAUCAUUGCUUAGCUAAUUAAAUUUAAUAGUGAAUGCCAACCAUUUAUUUAAUUGGCAUCUCAAAACACAGAAACAUUAAUUAAAUGCUUUUCCCAAUUUUUUUUAAUCAUAAGAAAUUCUUUAAGAUCCUCUAGAAUAAAAUGACUAAAUUACUACAAAUAAUACAAAUUCAGAAAUAUAAUUAUUUAAAUAUCAAGUUAUCAACUCUAUCAAAGAAAACGAUUAUUUUUUUUCAGUCUGUUUUAAUCAAGAUUCUAGUAUUAUGAUUACUGGAUAUAUGGAUGGUAUAAUAAAAAUAUUUCAAUUUAAUUAUGGAAAUAUUAAAAUUUUAUAAAGACUCAAUGAACAUAAGGGUAUAGUAGGAUGUUUAAAUUAUAUGAAUUAGUCAAAUUCAUUUAUAUCUGGUAGUUUAGAUAAUAGUGUUAUAAUUUAGAAGAUUGAUGAAAAUAAUAAAUGA